UCGAAAAAUUAAUAUAUAGACAUAGAUGUUAAUGAUAAAAAAUUGUAUGAUUAGCAUGAAGACAUUUUUAAAUAAAUAGUUAACGAUAUCAUUGCAUAUCAAAAAGAGAUAAAAAUACGUUAUAUAUGUAUGAGUAUAUAACUUUAUGGUCAAAAUCUUUAUUUGUAAAAUAUCAUUUGAGAGAAAAAAAAGAUAUAUUGAACAUGAUUAAUAAGUUAAUGUAAAGAAAUGAGUCGAUCUCGAGCAUAUAAAUACAACGAUAAUAAUCUGUGUAUAAUUGAUCAAUGAUUAAGUAGAAAUAGCCAGUUUUAAUGUGGUAUGCAAAUAGUAUUAUUGCAUUAAAUACAUAUGAUCUUUAUGUUUAUCUGAUGAUAAAAGUAUAUCAUUCAAAUAGUUAAUGAUAGUAUCGAGCAAUUUUAUAAUCAGAUAUAUAUAAAAUAUCACUGAAAGUAUACAUAUAUACACAUAAAAAAUAUAUACUUAUAUAAAAAAUACAUACGCGUGAAAAUAAAAUACAAAAUCAUGAAGGCAAAGUGGAAUUAGUAUGGUGUGAAUGAUAGUCGUGACAUGAAUAAGCUAGUUGCGCUGUUAUGUGUGUUUGUCUGUUACCAAAUACAUAACUGAUAUAAGCGGCCGAAUCAGUAUAUACUUAUUAUACCUGACGACUUCGAUACGCUAUGUUACAAUCAUUAUAUACUGGUAAACUUUUCUCUUCAGUUGAGCGUUAAAAGUCGAAACGUACAGUUGCGAUUUCUCUUUUUUCGAGUGCCAUAUAUCCACAAUUCUAAUUAUAUACCUAAUCGUUUUUUUAAAAUGCUGUAAUCACUGCACGAUUUCUUUAGCUUAUCUUUCUCCAUAUACCAUUUAUUUUAUAUUAUAUUUAUUUAAAUACUGGAUUUAAAGAAUUUUUAAAAAUUAUUACUUUUUUAUUUAAAAUACAUUGUUCCAACAACGAUGGGAAAUUUCACGUGUUAACGAGUGUUUUUCAAAUAAUUGGUAAUCAUGUUCGAGUCCGAAGGUUGAAGAUAACAUUCAUAUUUUAGAGAUAUCAAUGCCGGAAUAAAAGUCUAAGAAGAUAAGCACCUGCAGUAUGUCAUCGAGUAAAGAAAAAAGUCAAUGUCUUGUAAUACGACACAAAACAAUUUAUUGUGUAUUGGAGGCUUCUUUUAUUGUUCAUGAAGGCCAAAUGAUGUUUCAUAAAUUAAAUUCAUGAAAUAACAAUGAUUGAUAUGAAUAUUGGUAUUGUUUGAAAUACGUGUUCAGUUGCUACGUAGAAAAUUCAUGUUAUUGCAGAGGAACAAAAUAAUAAAGUUAUAAUGGUUGGAACUAAUAGUGCAAAUGUAAAUAAACAUAUUGAAGAAAAGUUUCCAUUAAUGAAUACGAAUCAUGCCAAUAGAAGGAGUAGUAUAGCACUUCUGAAUUUACCUACAAAUUUAACAGUAUUUGGAUCCUCUGAUGGAUUACCUUUUCAAGUCGUUGGCUCAGCAAGAAGAAGAUUAAGUAACGUUGGUGAUGUUGUAUCUAAAAAGAUAUCACAUACAAUAGGUUGGAGAUCUGUUUCUGCUUCUAUUGAGCUGGCUGUUAUGCAGGGAUCAGCAUUAUGUGGUCAGUAUAUCAAAAGUCGAUUGAAACGGUCUGGAAUAUUCCAAAAAAAGCUAGGAUUAAAACGAAUGAGAAGUGGUAUAAUGACAUCUGAUAGUACAGUGAUAGCAGAAGUAUAUCCAGUAUUAAUUGCUCUUGGAGCAGAGUUAGAAAAGAUGCAUCCAAAUUUAUUUGUCAAAAUCGCACGUCAAAUUGGUUGUGGUUCUUUUUCUACGGAACAAGCAACAUCUGAAGCAAUCACGGAUGUUUCACGUGAAAUGUUAAGGUCUGGUGAGAUGACUUGGAGCAAAAUAGUAGCUCUGUAUGCCGUUGCUGGAGGCAUAGCUGUUGAUUGUGUCCGUCAAGGAAAACCAGAAUUAAUUGCAACUAUCCAAAGAGCUAUGACUGAAGUUCUCGAAGAAGAUUUAGCAUCAUGGAUACAAGCUAAUGGUGGAUGGAUUGCUUUAAGUACAAGAUGUCGGUCUAUUGAAGAUGAUUCUAUGUGGCAGGAACAAAAUAUUGUAUCACUUACUGUUCUGGUUACAAUUUUUAUUGGCGCUCUAGUAAUACUUAUACGAGUUUUAGUAUUUUAAUCGUCAAUAAUUUCGUCAUCUUUCUUAGU